AUGGCCGCCGCAUUGUCGUUUCGUUGGCUAGAGAUUCUAGAGAAGGAGUUCGACAAGGCAUUUGUAGAUUUAGAUAUUUUGUUAGGAGAGAUUGAUCCUGAUCAAUGUGAACUUACAUUCGAGGGGCGUCAGAAAAUGACUGCCCUCAGUGCUGCUUUUGCACAGCUAACUCACAAGGCACAGACUGUUUUUCAGUGUAACGCGAAGCUAGAGGCCCAGUUGGUGGACAUGAGGUCUGACAUCAUUGAGCUGCAAGCUGCCAAGGCUGUGGUUGAACAGGAGAUGCACACACUGUUGCUGCAGUUACAUUCUUCACAGUUGGAAGUGCAAGAGUCCCGGGGACUUGAAGUAGAUUCUCAGGAGAUUAAAAAGAAAUUGGAAGCUGAGCUUGCCAGCAGGCAGCAGUCACAGCAGGUGGUGGCCAAGCUUGAGGCCGAGGCCAAGAUGUUGCGGAGAGACAAUCGUGAUCUUAGACAGUACAUACUGGCACUGCAGAGUGAAGUCUACGGGGCUAGACUGUCCGCAAAAUACCUUGACAAGGAACUGGCGGGCAGAAUCCAACAGAUUCAGUUGUUGGGGCGGGACAUGCGAGGAGCUGAACACGACAAACUCUGGAACCAGCUUGAGGCAGAAAUCCAUCUCCACCGCCACAAGACUGUCAUCCGAGCAUGCAGAGGUCGUAAUUUACACAAGAAGAAAGUCCUUUGUCCGCCUGGUCAUAAUGUCCAAGAUCUGAAGAAGAAGCACGGCCUGGGAGAUGUCCGAACUGUUACAGUUCACAAAGAGCCUGAUGAAGGUCUGGGCAUGUCCAUUACAGGAGGGAAGGAACAUGGAGUCCCCAUCCUGAUCUCAGAAGUCCAUGACGGACAGCCGGCUGACAGAUGCGGGGAGCUCUACGUUGGGGACGCCAUUCUUUCAGUCAAUGACAUAGACUUACGGGAUGUGAAGCAUGCGGAGGCCGUCAGAGUACUCUCCCAGCAG